GGACCUGGCCCCUGCCCAGACCUGCGCCCACCCGUGCUGGCCCCUGCUCGCCCACAGCUGACGGGGAGAUGGCGCUGGCCUGGUGCCUGCUCCCCAUCGCCCUGCUCACCCUGAGCCAGGAGUCCAGCAUGGCAGAGGCCCAAGGGACCGUCCCGCUGCAGACCCUGAGCUGCCAUAACGACUACACCAGCCGCAUCAUCUGCAGGUGGGCUGACACCGAGGACGCCCAGCAGGUCAUCAACGUGACCCUCCACCGCAGGCUGAAUAAGUCCCCCCCGCAGCCAGUAUCCUGUGAUCUCAGUGACGACAUGCCCUGGUCCGACUGCCCUUCUCCCCGCUGUGUGCCCAGAAAAUGUGUCAUUCCCUACAAGCUGUUUGUCAUUGCCGACCAGGACAGCUUCUCAUUCCAACCGGACAGGCCUCUGGGCACCCAGCUCACCGUUGUUCUGACCCAGCAUGUGCAGCCCCCCGCACCUAAGGACCUCCACGUCAGUGCUGCCGGAGACCGGUUCCUGCUGACCUGGAAUGUGACUCUCGAGGGUUCCCAGAGCCAGUGGCUAUCAAACCUGGAGUUCGAGGUGUUCUACAGGCGGCUUCAGGACUCCUGGGAGGAUGCCUCCACCCUCUACUCCGCCAUCCCGCAGGCCGACCUGGGGCCAGAGCACCUCAUGCCCAGCAGCACCUAUGUGGCCCGAGUGCGCACCCGGCUGGGCCCAGGCUCAGGGCUCUCGGGCCGGCCCAGCCAAUGGAGCUCGGAGGUCCUUUGGGACUCCCAGCCAGGGGACAAGGCCCAGCCCCAGAACCUCCAGUGCUUCUUUGAUGGGGGCACUGAGCUCAGCUGCUCCUGGGAAGUGAGGCUCGAGGUGACCAGCUCUCUCUCCUUCACCCUCUUCUACAAGUCCAGCCCCAGCGCAGGGGAGCAAGAAUGCCACCCGGUGCUGAAGGAGGCCAGCGGCCCCUAUGUCCGACACCGGUGCCAGGUUCCCGUGGUCGAUCCCUGGAACCACAGCCAGUACAUCGUCUCUGUUCGGCCAAAGGAGGAAGAGAAGUUUAUAAAGAGCUCAGACCACAUCCAGAUGGCGCCCCCGACACUCAACUUGACCAAGGGCAGAGGCGGCUACAUCCUGCGCUGGGAAGUAGAGGCGAUGCUCUCCACAUACAUAGAGUACACCUUCGAGGUCCAGUACAAGAAAGACACAGACUCGUGGGAGGAGAGCAAGACAGAGCCCCUCCAGAACACCUACAUCAUGUCGCUGCCCCCUCUGGAGUCCUCCACCAGGUACCAGGCGAGAGUGAGGGUCAAGCCCUACAACAGCUACAGCGGGAUCUGGAGCGAGUGGAGUGAGGAGAGCUCCUGGGACACGGAGUGGGUGCUGCCCACGUGGGGCCUGGCCAUUGUCCUAGUCUUCAUCACCCUCGCCUUACUCCUGGCCCUGCGCUUCUGUGGCACCUAUGGGUACAGGCUGAACCAGAAGUGGAAGGAGAAAAUCCCCAACCCCAGUAAGAGCCAGCUGUUCCAGAAUGGGAGUGCAGGGCUCUGGCUCCCCAGCAGCGUGUCUGCCAUCACCAGCAGGAGCUCUUCACACAAAGGGCCGUGGGACAGCUUCUUCCCUGGGCUGGAGGGGGUGUCCCCUGUAAAUUGCAUGCACAGCGAAGUGUCACCUCUCACCAUAGAGGACCCUAAAAAUGCCCAUGACUCACCAUCUGAGCCUAACACGACUCCGGCUGCCUCGGACCUGCCCACGGACCCGCCCCCGAGUCCCUUGCCCUGCCUGACAGCCCCGUCCAGCAGGCUUGAGGGCCAGGCUUCCGGCUUCGACUUCAAUGGCCCCUACCUGGGGCCACCCCACAGCCUCUCCCUGCCUGACCUUGUAGGGCAGGAGGAGCUCCCAGGGAUGGGUGUGAGCCAGAAGCCCCUGCCCCCAGGGUCCCUGGAGUACCUGUGCCUGCCUGAAGGGGAGCAGAUGCAGCUGGUCCCAUUGGCCCAGGUGGCAGGACAGCGCCAGGCCAGGGGUGUGGAGAGGAGACCUUCCCCGGGGGCCAAGGAGAGCCCCUCUCUGGAGUCAGGGGCAGGCCCCGUCCCUCCUGCACCUGGGCAGAUGGUGGGGGGUCAGGGCACGAAGGAUAGCCCUGCAGCUCCGUCCGCUGCGUCUGGGGGCUCUGAGGACAGCACCCCGGCUUCUGGUUUCGUCAGCACUGCAGACCUGGCGCGCACCUUACCCACAGGGGCCCUGUCCGCCCCUCGGGUUCUUCCUCUGAGCCUCCCUGCAGGCCAGAACCAGGGCCUCUGUCCCGGUCAGGCUCCUGGGCCCCCUGGAGCCCCAGCCCCGGUGAGGUCAGAGUUUGACAGCUAUGUGGAGCUCCCUCCCACCAUGUCCCCUAAGUCCCCUCUGGUGGGCAGCAGCCAGGUCCUGAGCCCAAGGGAGCCCCGGGGAGAGGUGAGCCCGGUCUCUCCAUGCCCCGGGGGGCUCCUGGUCCUGCAGCAGGUGGGUGACUAUUGCUUUCUUCCUGGCGUGGGGUCUGGCUCCCUCUCACCCCAGAGAAAGUCCUCUUCUCCCGGACCCUUUCCUGAGCUCAGGGACCUGGACCAGGGCCUCCAGGCCAAGAAGCCUCCCAGCCAGGGCCUUCCCCAGGUGCCGGCCAUUCAGCUCUUCAAAGCCCUGAAGCAGCAGGACUACCUGUCACUGCCGCCCUGGGAUGUCAGCAGGCCUGGGGAAGUGUGCUGA